CCGGAAUCCUCCGUAGCUGUGUCAUCGUGGCCAUCUUGAUGCUGUCCACGUCUUCAAAACGGAUCCCCUGACGACUCCCUUGAGCUUGGGAAAGAGAAGAAAAAAAAUCCCACAGAGCCAAGGGACGGGAACAGUUUUAAUGCUGGCAACAACUGCACAUACUUCAGAUAGCUACUGUGCACCAUAUGCCAGUCUUCAUGGCUGACUCCAGCAAAGGCUAUAAUAAGCAACAGGUUCUACUGGACACCAGCGGGUCAGAAAGACAAGCAGGGUAGCGUGAAUGGAUGGUGGACGUGGACGGGAGGAGAAGGGCCGCUGUUACCUAACUAAACCUGGACAAGAACCACUGCCAAUCCUGAAGGAUUAGCUCCUUCCGCUGUGCUGUGAGUGACCCAAGAAUAACAAGGAUUACAGUGCUACCUCGUCCACAGAAAUGGUCCUUCCGUCAGUGAUGGUAUUGCCCCUGCUGAUCGUCAUAGCGGCUGGGGUAUACUACAUCUACAAUGAGGUCAUGCAGUACAUGGCCAAGUCUUUAGUGCGGAACAAAGUGGUGGUGAUCACAGAUGCUGUGUCCGGUGUGGGAAAUGAGUGUGCUCGUCUCUUCCAUAAGGGCGGAGCCAGGCUCAUCCUGUGUGGCGCUAACUGGGAUAAAUUGGAGUCUCUGUAUGACUCUUUGACAAACGAUGCUGACCCCAGCGAGACAUUUGCCCCUAAACUGGUUAUCCUGGACUUUAGUGACACGGAGAGCACGGAGGACGUGACGGCCGAGGUAGUGGACUGUUAUGGCUGUGUGGAUGUGUUAAUUUGUAACAGCAGCAUGAAGCUCAAGGCUCCAGUGCAGAGUGUCUCUCUGGAACUUGACAGAAACAUCAUGGACAUCAACUACUUUGGCCCAACCACCUUGACCAAAGGAAUUCUUCCCACCAUGAUUCCAAGAAGAUCAGGACAAAUAAUCUUGGUCAACAGCAUCCAAGGCAGACUGGCCGUUCCCUUCAGAAGUUCUUAUGCAGCCUCGAAGCAUGCGGUACAGGCCUUCUUUGACAGCCUCCGGGCUGAGGUGGAAGAGUACGGGAUCACCGUGAGCACCGUCAGUCACACUUUCAUCGAUGCCACUGUUCUGCCAUCUCCUGAGAAACCUGCCUCCAAACCAAACAGCUUGGCUGCAUUUAUUGCCAGUCAGCUGACCCACGGGGUGCGUCCUUCGGUCCUGGCCAAUGAGAUUAUGCGAACGGUGAACAGGAAGAGGAAGGAGGUUGUGCUGGCCCACCCCAUCCCCAGGGUGGCGGUCUACCUCCGAUCCAUCCUACCUUCUUUCCUCUUUGCUGUACUGGGUGCUGGAGUGAAGGACUCUGUCUUGGCUGAGCAGAUGCAGUAACGCAAAGGUUGAAGAUGAUGACGGAGAACAAUCAAGCAUGGAUUAUUAUUGACUUUUUGCGUGUGCCUGAAUGUUGAGGUGACAGCAAUUACAGGAAGGACAAAAGAGAUACAGUUCCUGUUAACAACACACUACUUAAACAAUGGCUAGAAAGCGAAAGAUGCAAUAUGGACUUUUCAUCAAUUUGUGAAGUCAGCCAUUAACAUAUCCAAGGAAAUGUAACGAAUAACUCGCACAAUGAAUCAAGUAAACAUUUUCCCAUAAAAUAUAAACUCUCUAGGCAGUAAAAUGUGUGCAUAUUGAUCACAUUCGUUAAUUAUUUGUAGGUUUUUCAAGGCAUUUGGAGUUGCGAUGUAGAAAUGGGCACCAGAUUAAACAUUUUAUUUCAA